UUGGUUUCAAUAAACAGACAAGUUUUUAUUUUGAAUGGUAAAUAAAUGUACUUUGAAAUGUUCAAUGAAUAUUGUUCAUUACAAUCAGCAUGAGUUUAUCUUCAGCUGAGGAACAUGGAGUCCGUUCAAUUCUUGGAAUGAUUCCUCAAUAUGAUCUAAUACCUCUUGUAUCAACUUUAACGAAUGGACUCGUUAAAGUUAAUAAUGUCGAAGAUGCCAUUCAAUCUUUAUUAAAGUAUUGUAAAGACUCUCUUGAUAUCCUCAAGCGCAAAAAAAUAACUAAAGACGUACUAUUCAAAUACUUGAAGGAAUCAAAUGUUGAUGUUUCGCCAAGAUGUGAUAAAGCAGAGUUAAUUCAUAAAUGUAUGAGCCAUUGGAAAGUCUCCUCGAUUACAACUGAGGCAAUCGACUGGGAGAUGGCCGAAAUGGAUACUUCAAUCGAAGCGCCUGAGUUCAUUUUGCAGCCCUUUAGUUUAACUACCGAAGCAUUGAUGUCAAUGGGACUCAACUUUGCUCAAUGGUUUUACAACCUACUCAACGAUGUUAACACUGACUCAGUUUUUGGACCACAGCACUUUUGGUCUGAUUCUAUAUGCAAUACUACAAUCUCCAAUGGUAAUGGACAAGAUAUGUGCCUAUCCGUGACUGGGGCUGUUGAAACUGUUGAAGCAAUCAGACGUGCGGUUAAUCAUUUCCAAUAUCGUUUUGAGCCCAAUUUAUACAAAGAUGUUAAAUGUGACAUGGACGGUCAUGGACUGGUUAAAAUUUGUGUCAAUGGCGUAAUAUACAAACACAAUCAACCUGACGGAGUCUUCGAGAGCUCAUUUGGUCUUAUUAAAGACCCAGCCGCCUGUGAUAGCAAUUGGAAAAUAAAAUAUUUAGAAAUGCGUUGGAAAGUUAAUUCUGUUUACACAUAUCAGAUUGCUUAGAUUUUGUGAAUUUAUUUCUGGAUAUUCACUCUAUAUGUGAGGCGAUUACUAACUGUUAGGCUAACCUCUUUGAAUUAAACUGUAAAUUCGAAUGAAUCAUCAUUUGCAGAUAAAAUUCAUCUUCAUAUGAUCUUCAUAAUUUUGAGCAUUUACUUUGUAAAUAUUAAGUUAUAUAUAAAACUAAUUAUCAUAAA